AUGCCGGAAUCGAAAACUCCUCCAGAAAAACCUCCCCAAAGAAACAGACAAAGCUCAUUCUUAAGCUUGCCCGCUGAACUCCGGUUAACAAUCCUCGACCUCCUCGUCGCCUCAGCCGACAACGCCAGACACGAAAAGGCCGCGCUGGCCAGCGUAUGCAGCGAAUGGCGAGCCGCCGUCGAGAAGAUCACGUUCCAGUCCCUGCUCCUCCUGGAGGGAAACGGAUACCAAGACGUGAGGGCAUUCCACCGGAUCGUCCAUGGGCGGCGCAGGCGACUCGUCAAGAACCUCACCCUGCACAUCAUGCUGGGGUCCUACGGAUGCGAGGGCUGCUACCGGGAGGAGUCGGGCGCGGAGGUGGACGCGAACAACUGGCGCUUCACCCGUGCCGUGCGGAGCCUUUGGUCUUGUCUCUCGCGGUGGCCGGUCGCCGGCGACGCGGCGAUGACGCUGGAGAUCAAGUGCGGCGUGCUCAGCGACAAGCAGCACUUCUUCCGGGACGCCAAAGACGGCGGGCGUCAUCUGCUGUACGAUCAGAGCCUGCAAGGGCGACGCUUCUCCCUCUGGGGGGCGAGGAAACGCCUGUUGGGGCACCUCCUGGACUUUGUCCAGGACUGCGGCGCUCCCACUCUUCUUCCCAAGGUCAGGGCCGUCCGUCGUCUCCGCGUCAACAAGAGCCUGUACCGAAGCCUGUCGGCCGCGGCGCUACGACUCCUCUUCGAAAGUCUGGUGGACCUGACGGUGGUGUGCUAUCAACCCUGGCGAGGCGUGGACGUCCAGGGGCAGAGGGCGAGAGACGACGCGAACACGGCCUUGUUCCGGACCCUGCGACCGUCCGCCUGCGGCGUCCACCUCUGGGAAGCACAGUCGCCGGAACUACACGGCGACAAGUACAGGCCCAAGCCGUCGAACGCGGAGCUCGUUGCCGCGGUGGUGGAAGUGAGCUAUCGACUCCGGGACGUGACGAUAUACCACGCCAUCGACGGCGCCGACUUCUUCCGGCUGGCGUCCGCCCGGUCCGCGCCACCCAUGUCGGUUUGGCCGAACCUGCGCUUCCUGGUCCUGUCGUGUCGGCAUCUAGCGUUAUCCAGCGCGCAGUCCGAGGCGUACGACCUGCUGCUGACCGCGGCGCGCGCCGCGAUGCGCAUGCCCCGGCUGGGGUGCAUGGAGCUGUGGUGGGGGGAGGUGAACGGGGGCUACAUCUUUCGGUACCGGGUCGACCAGGACGCGACGACCGUCACGGUGGUCGCGACGAGCGAGGCGGCGCCCCAUCCGGACGUGCUGAAGGCCUGGAGGAGGGUCGCGUACGAGAACACACGGCACCAGCUGCAGCGGCGAGCCGUUGUGCUCAAGGCGGACGCCAUGGUUUCAAGCACGGCGAUAUGUCGGUUCCUUUGGCUGUUCCUCUGGCUGCGGGAGUUGUUGCAGGGUAACGCCAGUGAGCCGUGA